GCAGGCUGUAAACAGGCUUUCCGUCGGUCGUUCUCGGUCCCUCCCCGUUCUUCCCCGAAGCCCGUAGCACCUCCGCGUCUUCGCGGCGGUCGUGCCUCUUCUCUGUCCAUGGUUCGGCUCUGCGACAGAAGGAUGAAGCUGGGCUUUGCUGUAGCAGCCAUCGUCGGUUCGGCGAUGUUCCUGCUUUUCCCCAGCAGGUCAGAAGCCGACGAGAAAAAGAAAGGCCCGAAAGUCACGACGAAGGUUUACUUCGACAUUAGAAUCGGAGAUGAGGACACAGGCCGAAUUGUUAUUGGCUUGUUUGGCAAAACUGUACCUAAAACAGUUGAAAACUUUGUUGCUUUGUCAACUGGAGAGAAAGGAUUUGGUUACAAAGGCAGCAAGUUCCAUCGUGUAAUCAAGAACUUCAUGAUUCAAGGCGGGGAUUUCACUAGAGGAGAUGGCACUGGAGGAAAGAGCAUCUUUGGAGGCCGUUUUCCUGAUGAAAACUUCAAACUGAAACAUUAUGGCCCAGGGUGGUUGAGUAUGGCCAAUGCUGGGAAGGAUACAAAUGGGUCCCAGUUCUUCAUCACGACCAUCCAGACGUCUUGGCUCGAUGGGAAGCAUGUUGUCUUCGGCAAAAUCCUGGAGGGCAUGGAUGUUGUAAGAAAAAUCGAGGCGACAGCGACAGAUGAGAGGGACAGGCCUGUUAAAGAUGUGACUAUUCAUGAUUCUGGCAGGAUAGAAGUUGAAAAACCAUUUGUUGUCGCAAAGGAAUAGAUUGAUAUGGCGACAUGGGCCUGGCCAUUUGGGUCCUGGACUAAUAACCAGAAGCCACCUGGUCACAGUCACCAUGUGCCCAGGGAACCACGAUUCAGUCAGUGUUCUCCACAGAAAGGCUGUUAGUGUUUGGCUCUGCAUUGUUCACUGCAGCAGUGAUUAUGGGCACACUCCCAGAAAUAGUCUUUUUACUGAACCAAUACCAAUAAAGGAGUUUCUUUGUU